ACUUUUUGAUCAACUUUGACACUUGUCAGCUGACAAACUCGCAAGAGUGACACAACCUAACCUACAUGCGAUAUAUUCAACAAAUGCACUAAAAAAUGGAAUUUAAAAUGGUUUUGCCUUUAAUCUGUAGUGUUUAGCAUAUAAAAUUUGAAUUAUUACUCCACUUUCCCGGCCCUUCAUUUUGUAUUUUGCUAUUUGCCAAAUUUUUUCUCCUCCAAAGUGAAGUGAAUCGCUGCAAAUUUCACACCAUACGACAUAACCUACUUAUUUUGACAAUAAAUAAAUUUCAAAAAUAAACUUUAUAUUUACAAAUUAAGGAUGUUUAAUUAAUUAAUUAACAAACAAUGGACACACAUGAAGAAUAUUAUCAGCAACUGCAAGUAAUCAAUCAGUUAUUGGAACAAACUCCGGAAGGUCAGGAGAAAAAUGAACUCAAAGGAUUAAAGGAAAACAUAGAGGAACUUCUGGCUUUAACAAACCCAUCACCUUCUACUGACGAUGAACAGAAUAAUGCUGUUCAGCAAGAUAGAGAGGCUGAGAGCAUUCCAACGAAUGAGGCUCUUGAUGAUGAAUAUGCACGGUUUAUGGCUGAAGUAUCUGAAGAAGGGAGAGUUGAUAUAUCCAACGCAACUGAAGACUCUCAAGUUUUAGAAACCACCAAUCCAAAUCAUAACAAUAAUUAUUUUAAAGACCUCGAAGGCAAGAAAUUUAGAGCUCCGCACCAUCAUCAUUGGGGACAGUUAACUUAUCAUAAUGCCAUGGUUUGUUCAGUCCCAGAUGAAAUUUCGAAUCCUGAUGAUUUACAGGUGAAAGUGUUGUUCUUAAACCCGACCCACACAGAAAUGUUACCCUGUCCGUAUUAUUUCGACUGUGAAAAAGAUUGUCGUUUCAGUGAUGAGCAAUGCAGAUUUUCACAUGGAGAGCUCGUUGCGUAUUCAAGCUUACAAGACUAUAUUGAACCAAAAUUUGAACACUUAAUCGUUGGAAGCGCCAUUCUGGCUAAACAGGCUGAUGAUCUGUGGUACAGAGCUAAAAUUACAAAGAUUUUAGAAGAAAAAUGUUUAGUUAGAUUUGAUUCAAAGAGUGUAAAUAACGAUGCAUCUGAGGAAAUUGCAUUCAAGCAUAUUCUCCCACUGGAAAACUAUGAAAAUGGCGACAGUGAUGAUGUGAUCGAAGAGAGUGAAGAUGAAGAGAAUUUGUUUGAAAAGGCUCAAACGCGCCAACAAAUAAUUGAUAGAAGUUUAAUGCAAACCCCAGGGCCAGCUCGAUUAGGUGAUUGGGAAAAAUAUACUAAGGGCAUUGGAUCCAGGCUGAUGCAAAAAAUGGGGUACAUAGUGGGUACGGGAUUGGGAAAGGAAGCAGAGGGAAUUGUAAACCCCGUUUCAAUCGUAAUAUUGCCUCAAGGAAAAUCACUUGAUUUCUGUAUGAACUUAAAAGAGGAGCGAAACAAUCCAGAAUUGUUUCAUGCCGAUCAGCAACGUGUGAAAUCGAGGAAGUUCGGCCAAAAUUCAGGUCGCCGACGAGUGAAAGCUAAAAUAAAUCCAGAAUUAUUGGAGCUAGAAGGUUAUAUUGAAUGGCAUUUUCAAAGUGGAAAGAAGGUUAUUGAAGAGAAGGAAAGUUCAGUGUUAAGGGAUAAAUUGAAAACUGCUUUGGACAAAGCAGUCAACGUUGCAAGUUUUAUGUUGGAUGAACGGAUAAAAACGAUCACAUUUGAUCUGGAAGAGUUGAAAAUUCAAAUACGGCAGUUGGAAGAUAAACAUCAAGAACCCAAAUCUCUGUAUAAAAAGUUGUCAGGCAAGGAAACCGAUUUGAAGCGGCUGAAUAUUUUUAGAAGAUUAGUUCAAAGUGAACUGGACAGACGAAAGAACAAUAAAGAAAUGGCCGUAUUUUAAGUAGAUAAUUGAAAAUAUCUGUAUCCUUUUACUGGAUCAUUCCCAACAAUUCUUAAAAAUCGUAGCAGUUGUUAGUACCUAAAAUAAUCGGUUCGUAAUUUAGUAAAUAAGUAAAUCAAUGUUCCUUUUUUGGUAUUCUGUUUUCUAAUGACGCUGUUAAAAUUACGAUAAUAUUAAAUAAACUUUUGGUAACUAUCUUUGCUUAAACAGAACGGGUGAGUCCAUAUAGAAUUAAUGGUCAAAAUCUGUAAUUGCUAUUCGGAAUAAUCACUUGUUCUCAAUAGCUGUGAAGACCUAAUGGGCUGAAUUGGUUGAUUGAUUGUAUGAUUUGUUUUUUAUACAAAUUUUGCAAACGUAGGGCGCAUUUAAAAAUAAAAUGCAGACAGAUUUUACACAAAGAACCGAAUAAAAAAUAUAUAUAUUUUGUUAUUAUAUAUAUAAAUUGUGAGUCAAAGAAUCAGGCAAUUUUCCAGAAUUUUUCAAAACCGCGUUCGGUUUUUGUGGCUGUUUUUGUUUAGGUUUCGCAGGUCAAAGUUUAGCAUUUAUUUUCUCUGUAACUUGCAAAGUAAGAAAGCCAUUUUUCGAUGCAUCUUGUAGAGCAACGUUUGUUCUAUAGUAGAAGAAAGUUUCGAUUUUCAGUCAUCAUCAGUCAAUUUUUGACACGUUUUGGUUUACGUUUGGUUUACUAGGUUUUUUUGCAAGCCGGGGUGUCGUAUUUAUUCAUUCAGGAACUAACAAAGUGAAAGCGUAGAUUUUGUAUGUAUUUUGCAGAGCAAAGUAUGUUCUACAAGUGCCAAAUAKUUCGAUUCUUAGCCAUCGUCAAGCAAUUUUCAAGAAUUUUUUGAACUUGCCACUGAUUUUUGUCGUGGUUUUUGCAGGCCGAAGUUUUUGUUUUCGCCUUYAUUUUCUCUAUAAUUUGCAACGGGAGACAGUGAAUUUUGGGUGAAUUUUUAAGGGCAAAUUCGCAUAAAUAAGUGAAGGAAGUUUGGAUUUUCAGUCAUAAUCAGGCAAUUUUUGACAAUUUUCCGAAAUUGCGUUUAGUGUACGAAGUUGGUUUUGCAGGCCGGAUGUUGGCAUUUAUUUAUUUAUUUUUAUUUUAUUCAUUCAUUCAAGAACUAACUUCKUGAGAGAGUCGGUUUUGCACGCAAUUUGUAGGCCAACAUUUUUUCUACAAGGAUUAAAAUCUUCGAUUUUCUGUGAUCAUGCGAUAAUGUUGAAUACUUUUUCAAMUAUGGAUGUAGUUUUCGCGUAUAUUUCUGAUGAAAUAUACCUGAUGCUCGCAGUUUGGGAWUUAUUUCCCCAGUAAUUUACGAAGCUAAAAAAUCACUUUUGAAUCACAUUUAUAGGGUAAAGUCGGCUCUUUAAGUAAGAAAUAGGUUUUGUAUUUCGAACKUGUUUACACAUGCCGUAGUUYGACAGAUAUUUAGUCGAAAACUUUUGUAUGUAUUUUGUUGAGCAAAGUCUGUUAAAAAUGGCAAAAGUUUCCUUAAGGCAUCAUUAAGUCAUAUUCAAAUUAUUUUUUUAAAUUGCGAUAUAAUUUUGUGGCUUUUAGGCAGUCGAAAGUUAGUUAAAUAGACAAAAAAAUCCACUGAUAAAUAUUUUUGCCCCGAAGUUUUUCCAGAUAGGUACAUAAUAAUAGCAAAAAAAUUAAUUAAAAAAUUAUGAAUAAGUGAUAAAUGCCUACACGUAAAUAAUUUUACCCGUUCAAACGGUGACAAUGACUUCAGAACAUUACUUGUGGGCCUAGGUAACAUUUUUCUUGUCAUUUAAAAUUAUUACUUUGAUGUGUUAAAAUAUCCGCUUUAUUAGUUCCAAAUUGAAUUCGGUGAUAACGAAACUCAAAGAAAAAAUGUCGAAGGCAGAACGAGUUGCGAUGGGCGACUAUUGGACCAGUACAAUUGAAAAAGAAGGUGCUCUUAGAUCGUUAUGGUUUAGAAAAAAUGAGGAAAGAUUAAACGAAAUAGCGAACAAAAUUCCAUCUAGAAAAGUUAAUGAAGACAUUAAAGAAAAAAUAAAGCAGGAGCGAAUUGCAACUUUCCAAAACAUCAAAAAAUUUCCUAGGAUUAAAACUGAAGAAGUGGUGCCCGUUUUUGAAGGAAACCUUCAAGACAUUAUGAAGCCCGUAGAUCCUGCAGUUAAGAAGUUGAUUUAUACAGGGAGCAAUCAAGAUGGUCGCGUCAAUUAUUUGCAUCAAAGAGUUAAAUUGUUACCGGAAGACAGGUACUAUUUUCCAGAGUGCAAUAGUUGGGAGUAUGGCUGGAAAAUGUGGGAUGAUGUGAAAAACAUUAAGAAAACUGGUUUUGGCCGACAACAAAUAAUUAAAGACUCGUUUUACAGAAGAAAAGGCGUGGAAAGGGACCCUGAUUGGUAUAAGGAGCCGGCUCAUAUCAGCCCGACUUUUUGCAAUACUUGCCACUGAUCUGGUUUGUCGCAAAUAGAGGAAAACACAUCCUAACAUUCAACAGUAAAACAUUAUUAUGAUUAAUAUAAAUACGCGUUGAACA